UUUCGCCAUGCGAACAAUCCGAGGUCGAGCUCCAUGGCGAUCACGGUGGUGAGGCGGUUCGUGUCGUUGGCGCUCGGCGAGCCCUUGCCGUCCCCAUUCGUCGGCCCUUUAAUCAAUCAUCUUGUGUCAAGCCCAGCCUCUCCUCGCCUGCUAAAGCUAUACGUGCUGCGAGAACAUUCCAUUCAAGACUUCGACGACGAGAAACCUCCGCAGCUGGAUGGCGACUCGGACGCAAUCGUUGGGCUCGCGUUCUCGUUUGUGUCGGACAACCAACAUGACAAAUUUGGUCUGCAUUUUUGGUUCCGCUCGUCCAUCGCACCGUCUACUGCGACUCGUACUCUAGCCAAGUUCCUGCGUCACGCCACCACUGGCAUGGGCCCGCACAUGCUGGGGCUCCGGGCAGUCGAACACAGCCAUUACGUGGCCAUUCAAGACAGCGUCACGCAAGUGUUGUGGAAAGACACGAAUGGAUGUAGGCUCUAUCUUCUGGACGCCGCCACUCCCGUGAAAUCGUUGCCCAUCGGGGCCACGUUCAACGUUGACGGCGACGUGUACAUGAUGGACACGGCGGUGGCCACCGAUGCAGCACCCAUUCUAAGCUUGUCCAGUAUCGGUUACGGCGACGAGUAUAUUGUGCAGCUGCUAAAGCACCCAGUCUUGAGCAAGUUGAUGCGAGUGGUCCGCGUGGUUGCGACCAAGACUCCUGUGUCGUGGGCGCUUGUUCACCAUGAUUUCUCUCUCGGACUCGUGGGAACCGACCCCGCCUACCGUCGCAAAGGGCUCGUCCGACUCGCAUUUGGAUCAACUAUUGACGCGUAUCGAGAAGCGAUUCGCAGUGGAGUUGACGGCUGGUUUGGGCUGCAGCCGCAUUGUUUUGUGCUUUCCGACAACUAUGCCAGUCAAGGGCUCAUGGCGUCCAUGGGAUUUGUCCAUGUGCAAGACAAGGAGUUCCACUGGAUGGGCGUCAUUGUUUAGUCGUCGUUAUCGAUAUGUCGUGUGUGGGCUAAGAAAGUCGACAUGGCGACGUCCAUGGGAGCGCUCCAUGCCUUGCUACAGCUGAAGCGGUGCCGGAGUGGGGCAGCCUUGCCACCCCUCAUGGCUGGAAUACAGGGAACACGUCGGAGUUCUCGAAUGUUGUAGAGAUUGGGUUAGUUUCGCCAAUCUAAAGCAGCCAAGUGUUCCAUGGAGGAUUCAUCGAGUGGAAGGGAAUCGGUGGAGGCCGACCAUCGCCUUACACCGCCGAUCGCUCCAACUGAUAUCGAGCAGAUGCCAAUACUAUUUGCGCAUACACCAAGUGCAGGGGGGUCACCCAUCGAAUGAAAGCGCUCCGGUUGCGAAUUGUCGAGCCAAAGAGCAACGUGUGGCCAGAGUCCGUCACCGCCAACCACGAGUGCCCAUUGACGGCGUCGCUUUCGUCCCAGCAAAACAACACCUCGUUUUCCUUUGUCUCAAGCACGCGGAACGUCGCGACGUGUUCGCCUUCUUUGAACGCCAUCGCAUCGAUCUCGGCGUCCGUGGUGCUCCCUGCUCCCGCCAGACGCAAGAUCACGCGUUCGGCCUGGAACACGGGUGACUGGAAGAACGCCUUCGCCGCAAGCUCGACACUGACCGGUUUGGACAACGUCGUCUGGUACACAUCGACGUGUUGGUCUGGUGUCGAGAGGAAUCGUGCAAACAAGUUCGUUGCCUGCACAGACGAGAGCGGGGUCGGAGCAAUGUUUCGGAUUCCGAACGAAACGACAGCAGCAGUGGACGCGGCAGCGACCACGGAGAGCUUGGCCAAAGUAGACAUGAUGGAUUCGUA